GAAAGAUAACUGGCGAAGGAAUAUUUGAACAAGUCCCUCAAGGGAAAGCUCUUCAGCUUCGCAUUGAAAUAAAGACGGAGCCAAAAGAUGCGGAGUGAGGGGCAAGAAUACUAGAGACACUCCACGGGAAUGUAGAAGAUUUAAUGGUAAUACUGUCUUACAGACACUAGUUCAAUGCAUGGAGCUGAUAAUUUCAUUUUAUCACCGCUUGUGUUCGGAGAAAUAGUAGUGAGUUCUUGGGGUUAGGCGUUGGCUUUUAAGAAGGAUGAAUUUUAGAUACAGUUUCCGACAUUCUAACAACAUCAUGAUUAGUGUAAAUACCAGUCUUAAAAGUUUGCUUUAAUGUUUGUUUCGGUGGGCACUGCUUUUCAUAAAAGUGAACUGAACAGAGAUUUCAGUCAAAAAAUGGUUACCAGCUCACGGUUAUCGAUCAGUUCUUGUUCCAGACUGAAUUCCCAAUGCGUCAUAUACGCAAUGGUAAAAUUCAACUGACCGUCAAUUGGUUACCUUUGUGAGUUUGUUUAGAAAUCUAUGUUAAACUUACGCUUGUUAGGAAAUCUAAUUUGAGUUUCAGUAUUUCCUCUCGUAAAACCCGGCUAUUCUUACAAUUUAGUCAAGAAAUCGGAUGUUAUGGACUACAUAAGACCAUUUGACAAGUACCUGAAAGUAUAACGAAUAUCGAAUGUUGUGGUCCUUAAAACCACGCCAUCUGUGAGCAGAUGAUGUAGGUAAAAAUUCAUCACUGGUUUUCACUAUAUUCCUUAGUUUCACAUUGAUCAGUCAGCUGAUCGGAUGAGACAUAACGUAGCCUCCUGUUUCUCUUCAGUUUGGUGAGCGGGUGAAACAACUGAAUAGAGUUUGGAAAAGACCUAGCCGUAAAGAUUUUGGACUUGGAUAAUUUUUGUUGAUGUUGUGGGCCUAAUAGAAGAUGAUAUAGGUAGAAAUGCAUCACGGAUUUUCACUCGGAUGGCACAUAACGUAGCUUCCUGUGUAGACAUUCAUUAGGCUCGUCGCGCACUUCCCUUCAACUCCUCCCUCCCUCCCCACGUAGAAGAAGGAGUGCGUGACAAGCCAAAUUAACACACAUACCAACUUGCGUCAUACAAAUCAAGGCAGUCGUCCCGUUUCAGCUUGCUAUGAGUAGCGUUACAGUCAGACUUCUUUUCAAUACAUGUAUUGAGAUAUUGUCCCGAUUUCAGCACUUUUGAGAUGUUAUGGUGGCGAGCCUUAAUUUUGACAACUUUUGCCCGAAGCUUACGUACUUCAGCCUCAGUUCGUUGGCCGGCCGAAACAUACGGGAUACCCAAACCUGCUUCUGGCUGUCCUUUGUCAGAUGGCUUUCAGUGGGAGGAGGGAUGGAGGCUUCAGGACACAGAAGAUUUUUUUUCAAACAACAGAAAAUCAGCGGAAUUUCACCUCGAUGGAGACGUAGGUAGCCGGAAAAUUAAAAGAUCGUUCUGUAUUAAGACAUCUACGGCUGAUGAUGAUAACCGACCCGACUGGCCGCGAGGUCAGUACUGUAUCUACAUGUAUCAAAAGGGACGGUGUCCGAAAGGUCUGAUGUCAGGUUCUGUCUACUGGGAUGACGAAGACGACCUUAUUUCCAAUGCUAAUGAUAAAGAUGGAACCCUUCCUGAUGGCGAGUAUAAUAAGAACACACUGAUUCGAUUUUGUUGUGCAACAGGCGGAGAUAAAAAUGAACCUGUCCUCCUCCCCUCUAAAUCUCCGUUUUUCCUACUGACCUAUGCCUCAAAAAAAUGCCAGAUGGUGAAGUGGGCGGUAACUAGUGUGGAGUGGAUUCAUUAUAACACAGAACACUGGAGUAAUAAUGAUGAAGGAAAAGGGGCGUAUCCUUACGACGCUGGGGAAACGCACCCCACAAUUUACUACUGUUACUACCAAGGAUGUAAUGAAACCCUAACCAAGGUGAAUGGCACUUUCCAGUCCCCGAACUACCCAGGAAAAUACCCGGAUGGUCAGUACUGCUCCUGGAGGAUCACAGUUAAUGUGACGCAACGAGUUCACUUAAUAUUUUCAAGCUUUAAUUUACAAAACGAAAGUAACACGGACGUGUUAUACGUGUAUGAUGGAGAGAUUACGACAAGGGAAACGUUAGGAGUGUUUUACGGAAGUAAUCCUCCCCCUAAAGAAGGAAUCUACUCCUCCUCAAACCGGAUGUUUGUUAUAUUCAAAUCAGACAAGACUGACUCUUACACCGGCUUCAGCGCUUCUUACUACAGUGUUAAAAAAUCAGCACCCAGUGUCACGACUACAAAAAGCCCGAAUGUGACAGUAUCGUCUCCCUUUACCUGUGCAACAUUGCGUACACUAGAAAAGACAACGUCUGCCAGAGAGCUGACAUCAACAAUAGACGAACCGUCAAGGAAAGGUGGAUCAAAAGAUGAAAGAAAGCAGCCACCAAGAAAAGGCUUCAGUGUGGUAACUGUGGUCGUUCCUGUAAUGGUAGUUACUUUCCUAGUAGCUGGGUUUAUAGCUGUAUUCUUCUACUGCAGAAGAAAGAGGACGAAAAAAGAUGCAAAGCCAAGUAAAAUAAUUUUUUCAGCGAGGUCAAAAGACGAAUCACCCAUUUCAGCUGAAAAUCUGUAUUAUGACCGUGACUUGGUUAUCGCUAACGCAAACGACCCGAGUUUUCCAGAAGAAAAUCUUUUGUACGCUGAGGUUCAUGAAGCAGAGAAGGAAAGAGUUGGACCUUACAUGGAACAAAAGGAUGAAAACCCAUUGUACGAGGCUGCCACCGCUGAUGAUGCAGGUUCAAACCCCAUUUAUGACAGUGACUUAGUUAUCGCGAACACAAACAAGCCGAGUUUUUCAGAAGGAAACGACCUGUACACUGAAGUUCAAGACACGGAGGACCAAAAUAAGGAGAAACCUUACCUAGAACAAGAGAAUGAAAAUCCAUUGUACGGUGCUGCUGAUGUUGGUGAUGCCGUAGUUAACCCCAUUUAUGACAGCCUGUUAGAUGUUAAAUUGUUUCUUUUUUGCAACCCUUUUAACGCUGUGGAGAUGCUGUGGUUGCGAGCUAUAAGUCUAAUAACCAUUUUUUAUGGCUUAAAAUCUUCAGACUCUGUUCGUUGGCCUGCUGGAACAUACGGCUUACCCAAACCUGUAUCUGGGUGUCCUAUAGCUGAUGGCUUUCAAUGGGAGGAAGGAUGGAGAUCCCAGGAUUUACAUGGUACACAUUCAAAUAACACGAAAUCCACUGAAUUUCAUCUUGAUGGAAAAGUUGAUUACGAGAAAGUAAACAGAUCGUUCUGUAUUAGAAGUACAGCUGACAUGAAAAAGAGGCCCAACUGGCCACCAGGUCAGUACUGUAUAUAUAAAAGGAGAGCAUGCCCGAAAGAUUUGACAGGAGGAGGUGUCUACUGGGAUGACGACAACUCAAAAAAUGCAAACAGUAAAGGCGGGGUUCUCCCUGGUGGUAAAUAUAACAACAACACUUGGAUCUAUUUUUGCUGUAAAACAGACGGAAACAAAGCCAGUGCUGUACUCCUUCCUUCUCAAUCUCCAUUUUACCUACUGGCUUACAAGUCAGCGAAAUGUCAGAUGGUCAUGUGGACGGUAGCAAAUCUGGAGUGGAUACAUUAUGACACAGCACACUCCGACAACAAUGACAAAGGCUACUCAGCCUUUCCCCACGAUGCUGGAAAACAACACCCCACGAUUUACUACUGUUACUACCGCGGGUGUGAAGUAACCCUUACCGCAAUCAGCGGCACUUUCCAGUCACCAAACAACUCAGAUGCACAGUACUGCUCCUGGACGAUCACGGUUAACAAAGUCCAACAAAUCCACUUGACGUUUAAGUACUUUAGUGAACAGAACGAAAACGGGUUCGAUGAGCUACAAGUGUAUGAUGGAGAGAACGCAACAGGGGUGAUCUUGGGAGUGUUUAACGGCAGUCAUCCUCCCCCUAAAGAUGGAAUUUACUCCUCGUCAAAUCGAAUUUUUGUUAUUUUUAAAUCAGAUAAGAAUAGCUCUUACACUGGUUUUAAAGCUGCAUAUUAUGGUUCUAAUUUCUCGGCGCCCUACGUUACGACAACACAAAGCCCGGAGAUGACAACAUCACCUUCAGGUACUCCUAAAACAAUUCCUACGGUGAAAGAAACGACAUCUAUUAGAGAGCCAAGACCAACAAGGGAAGGUGGAAGAAAACAUCAAAGUGGACAAACUGGGGAAAAAGGUUUUAAUGUCGUAGCUGUUGUCGUCCCCAUAGUAUCCAUUUUCAUUUUAACUGUCCUACUUGUAACUGGAUUUUUCUGCUGGAGAAGGAGGACGAUGAAAAUUGAAACAAAUACUGUACUUUUUUCAGCAAGGUCAAGCGAUCAGCGCCCAGUCUCAGUUGAAAAUCCUUACUACGGCCGUGAUGUCAUAAUUGCAAACACAAACGAGCUGUACACUGAGCCUGUUAUUGGACACGCAAGAAAGAAUGAAGCGCAACAUUACAAGGAUCUAGUCAAAAAAGAUCAAGAUUCACUCUACGAUACUGCGGCCGAUGGUGUUGCGUUGAACCCCGUCUAUGACAGUGAUUUGGUUAUCGCAAACACAAACGGGUCAUGUUUCUCCCAAGACGAUUUGUACACUGAGCCGGUCACAGACGACCAAAAAAGGAAUCUUCGGGCACAUUACAUGGGGCUAGUCAAAGGGAAUCAAGAUUCAUUGCACCAGAGUGCGGCGGCUAGGUCUUCGAUAAACCCCGUUUAUGAAAGCUCCGACUACAGGAAUGCAGAGGCGGAACCGCCUUUAUAUAUGGAAUUAGAGAAAGAAACUCCCUUAGGGGAAGACGCUGCUGCCGAUGCUGUGUUAAACCCCAUAUAUAACAGCUCCACGUGAAGGAAGAACGAUGAAGGUUCCUUGAGAGAGGGAAGGCUAUUUUCAGACAGCAUUGCACUCCGUUAGACCCGCAUUUAUAGUUAGAGUUUACUAUAUCAGUGUGAAGUUAAACAGUUUUAUUAUGUUAGUAGAAAAUUCAACUCACCAGGUUUUAGAGAUAUUUUCUAAUUAAUUUAUAAUGCUAGACAUCAUAGGCAGGAUAUUAUUGCAUAAAGGAAGGAUGAUUUUUCCGUCUUUUUUGACAAACUUGUUUCACUUUUAUCAACAUAUAGUUAUUGUCGAAAGGAUGGGUCAUUCCGUAUAGAGUGAGGAGUACAAAGUACAAUGAACGUCCGCCCUAUCCCAUGAGUAUCUAAAUUUGUAGAUAAAUCCAAAAAUAUUUUAAAAUAUUAGCUCAUCCAUACUGUGUAAGCAACUACAGUCAAGAGCGUAGGACAAAGAAGAAUAAUAACACUACGAAAGCACGUAUUUUUGAUAAUUUCCGUUUUCUUCAUUAUAAUUUUUAAGAUGCAUUGUCACGUUAGUGAAUAUUUGCCAUUGAAUGUUUAAUGGUUGCAAAAAUAGCCUUCGGUAGGAAUAGAAAGGCUGAAGAAUAAGAACUUUUUUUAAAAAUAACCUUUCUCUCUUCUUACAAUAUAGACAUGAAGCAUGAGAUCAUAGUCCAUUGCAUAAAGCAAGCCCUUUAGAAAUUAAAAUCAGGUGAUAUCAUGCUUUCCAUAAUCCAAAUCCAAACAAACUAAAGACAACCCCUACGACUCCCCCCAAAUAUCCUUUCCUUCGCUACUUCAUCCUUCCCAUCACUUAAACCAGUUUCCCUGUGUCACUGAGACUCUUUCGAAAUAUCAUUUAAGAAGCCUGCACUCUGUGCGCUUACCCCCGACCCCUUUGAUGAUGUCCUCAUUUUUCCAGACGUUGUAAUUUUCGUUCAGCACCUGGAAAUAACUUAAUACUCUAGCUUCCUCCUAUGCAGUUAAAGCUGCAAUAGAAAGCGAACCUGUCUACCGCUACAACACACUAUUGAAAACAUUCUGCUCUAGUAACUUAUAGUUCUAGUUCUCUCCGGGUAAACUUGUCUAAUCACAAUUGAGAGGCGUUUGCUCAUUACAUA